UAUACAUAUAUCAAUAUUCGUUUUCAAUUUUCGUCCGACGAACGAACCAGUCCGCCGCGCGGUCGAUUCACGUUCGACACGACACGACGAAGGGACGUCGACGGACGUUGUAUUGUCGCCGCUACUUCCACACCGAACCGGUUGCGGUUUGCAGUCCUCCGCGAACGAAGGAGUUUGGCGCUCGACGAUAUUAUGGCCCGAACGCCCGUCGUGGUUUUUGCACUGAUCGCGGCUAUCGGUCUUCUGCGAAACGCGGACGCGGCGGAUCGCUGGGCACGGGUCGCUGACAGGACGACGACAAACGGUUUUAGCAUUUUGGAAGCUACAAAUAUCGCCGAACAAAAUGUGGGCGUUAGCAUUACUAGCGGCCGUUGUGCUAACGACAAGGCGUACAAACUUAACGAAAGAGCUAUUUUAAGUAUAGAGACGUCUCAGAUAUUUCCCGAGUUCCAACAAUUUCCUUUAGAUUUUUCAAUAUUAGCCGAGAUCAGAACUGACCAAGGUUCCGAUACAAACAGAGUUUUUCUCAUUUACAAUGAAGCAGGAGAUGAACAGUUGGGUUUGACAGUUGGGAGUGACAUUAUGUUGUUUUAUAACGACAUGGAAGCCCAAGAAGGAUAUAAGACCAAAAUAAAAUUUAAUACUAUCAUCAACGAUAAUCGGUGGCAUAAAUUAUUGUUCAGUAUCAAAGGAGAUUCAGUGACUAUGAUUUUGGAUUGUGAUAAACAAGUCACAAAAGAACUUAAGAGAAAUACAACAAUUAGCAAUUCAGGAAUAGUGAUGAUUGGUCAACAAUUAGAUGAAACGUUUUACCUGGGUGACAUUCAAGAGUUAAGGUUUUAUUCAACGCCAGAUGCUGCUUAUGAAAUGUGUUCCGUUGGGAUGGAUGUCUGUAUUGAAACGCAGAAUAAAACCGAAACAUCAAAAACCAACGUGAUAGACGUAAAUGAAUUUGAAGAACUUUCUACGUCCGACAUAAAUUCAUUGGAAAUGACGAGUGUUACGCAUAGCCCAAGAUCGUCCGAUACAAACAUCAGUCAGACCGCGUAUGGUGUACAGCAACCUCAGUGCAUGUCGGCAGUUCGUGGUUAUCCCGGUCCACCCGGAGAGCAAGGGCCCCAAGGUCCGAAAGGAGAUUCUGGCCGCGAUGGCAUAGACGGGUAUGCUGGUAAACAAGGACCUCCGGGACACGUGUUUCUAAUACCACUGAAUCAAAAUCAGGGGGAUAAAGGUCCGGAUAGCCAAGCCGAAAUAUUCAGACAAAUGUUGGCGCAACACAUGUUGUCAAUGAGAGGAGUUGAUGGACCAAUGGGUAUGACUGGAGUAGUAGGACCAGAAGGUCCACCUGGUCCCGAAGGUCCUAAAGGAGAGUCUGGAGAACAAGGGGAAGUGGGGCCAAGAGGUAUUAGAGGGAUGCCUGGACCAUCAGGUCGUGAUGGACACAGGGGUAGACCAGGCAGAGAUGGAGAACGAGGAGUUACAGGUCCUCCUGGAGUCAAAGGAGAGCCCGGAGUAACGGGAGCAAUGGGGUUACCUGGAGAAAAAGGAGAUCGUGGACUUCCGGGUCAAGUUGGUGUUACAGGCCCUCGUGGUAAUGAUGGUCCCCAAGGUGAAGAAGGGCCUCAAGGUUUAGCUGGCUUACCCGGAGAAAUGGGACCUAGAGGAUUUUCCGGUCUACGCGGAUUUCCUGGUUCACCUGGUCCUCCAGGAGUUCCAGGAUCAGAAGGACCUGCAGGUCCUAAGGGUAACACUGGAAAUACUGGAAUUCCUGGACCACCAGGUCAGAUUGGUCCUGCUGGUCCCAUUGGUUCCACUGGAGCAAUAGGUGCUUUAGGUCCUCCAGGAGAUCAAGGACCUCCGGGAAAACCAGGAUUGCCAGGAUUACCAGGAGCCGAUGGACUACCUGGGCACCCCGGAAAUGCAGGCGCUGUGGGAGCCAAAGGAGAUACGGGACCAACUGGAUCACCGGGUCCCGUAGGCUUUUCCGGAACACGUGGUGUAAAAGGUGACAUAGGUGUUCGUGGUCCGAUAGGAGAAAAAGGAGACAAAGGAGACAGAGGAUCCGACGGAGAAAAGGGAGAUCAAGGACUCAAAGGAGAGCCAGGAUUGGCUGGACCACCAGGUUUAGUUGGAAUUGAAGGUCCAGAAGGGCCAAAAGGAUCUGAAGGACCUCAUGGUGAAAGUGGUGCAAUUGGAUUAUCAGGUGAGAAAGGUAAACCAGGACCUGCCGGGCUUCCAGGAUAUCCUGGUGCUCCGGGUGAAAAAGGUGACAAAGGAGCAUAUGGUAAAGAUGGAAUUUCUGGCGAAAAGGGAGAACGAGGAAACACUGGAUUACCAGGAGAAAGAGGAGAAACUGGACCUAGAGGAUUCAGAGGUGCUAGAGGACGUGAAGGAUCUGAAGGAAUUCCAGGACCAAAGGGCGAUACUGGACAACCUGGGCCUACUGGGGCACCUGGAGAACGUGGAAUACCGGGUGCGGAUGGAUUAAGAGGAUUUGUCGGCCCUCCAGGCGCACCAGGAAUUAGUGGAAAAGAUGGUUUACCUGGAUUUCCAGGAGAAAGAGGUCCACCAGGUGACACGGGACCUAUAGGUGUUACUGGAAUACCCGGAGUCGUUGGGCCACCAGGUCAAUCAGGCGAAAUAGGCUCUAUUGGAGAACCAGGGCCAUCAGGUCAACCGGGUUUACCAGGAGAAUCAGGAAGACCAGGCGACGCAGGAAAAGAAGGACUUCCAGGCCCAGUUGGUUUGCCUGGAAAAUCAGGUGAACCUGGUUCACCAGGAUUGCAAGGGUUUCCUGGUGAUAGAGGAUUUCCUGGAGUACCUGGAGCAGCUGGACUAAAAGGUGACACGGGUCCUCCAGGCCCUGUUGGAUCAACUGGAGAUAAAGGACAACAAGGUGAAUCUGGCAAAGAAGGGCCACAGGGUGCAGAAGGACGCAAAGGACCUACAGGUACACCAGGUGCAGUGGGUCUGAAAGGAGAUAAGGGUGAAAUCGGACUUUCUGGUCCAAUGGGAAACGAUGGAAUGGUGGGAGCACGAGGCGUUCCAGGACCACCAGGGCCCGUUGGACCACCAGGAGAAGACGGAGAUAAAGGUGAAAUCGGCGUUCCCGGAGAAAAGGGAUUCAAAGGUUCAAAAGGGGAAAUGGGUCCGGUCGGAGCAUUAGGAAAUCCAGGAUUAAGAGGAGAACCAGGGCCAGUUGGGGUUCCAGGUGAAAAAGGUCCAAUCGGUGAAAUUGGGAGACAAGGAGCUAAAGGAGAAGAAGGGUCUAUUGGAAUUGCAGGACUACCUGGACCACCAGGGACACAAGGUAUCCCAGGACCAAUUGGACCAAAAGGCGAGCCCGGGGACAUUGGCGCCAAAGGUCCCGUCGGACAACCUGGAGCACCUGGUGAAAUCGGCCCCAGAGGAUUUAAAGGUGUUGACGGACAGUAUGGUCCAGCGGGUGCAGACGGGCCGACAGGACCUAAAGGUGAGCCAGGUGUAAUUGGACCACCUGGUCCACAAGGUCUUGAUGGAAAACACGGCGAACGCGGUCCAAUGGGUGCAAAAGGAGAUGACGGAAAAAUCGGAACGCAAGGACCAAUAGGACCUAGAGGUAACAUUGGACCAGAAGGACCAAAAGGUAAUGCCGGUGUUCCUGGAUUUCCAGGAACUCAAGGUGAACCCGGUAUUCAAGGUCCAAAAGGCGACAGGGGUCGAGACGGUGAUGAUGGAAAAAUAGGUGCUCCAGGACCUCCAGGUGAAAUUGGCCCACCCGGUAAUCCAGGUAUCGUGGGUCCUCCAGGACGAACUGGAAACGAAGGUCCAUCAGGACCUCAAGGAAGUUCAGGAUUACCCGGAGAAAAAGGCGAUCAAGGUUUAAUAGGGGGUACAGGUUUACCCGGACCAAUUGGAAUAUCAGGUACUCCUGGUGCACAGGGACCUCAAGGACCAAUAGGUUCACCUGGCUUAGCGGGUGAAGUUGGUUUACCAGGAAGACCCGGGAAAGAUGGAGAACCAGGAAAAAUUGGUGAAAUCGGGCCUCCUGGUGAAAAAGGAGAAAGAGGAAAACGUGGACCAAAAGGUCAUCCUGGAGAAAUAGGUCCAAUGGGCAUCAAAGGUCACGAAGGCGAGAAAGGUGACAAGUGUGAACGAGGAGAUCGAGGAUCUGAAGGACAAAAAGGAGAAAUGGGUCCCAUUGGAUUAAUAGGAACUAAAGGCAAUGAUGGUCCAGUUGGACUUCCAGGUGUUGAAGGUUUUCCCGGUCCCAAAGGGAUCGAAGGAGUAGCUGGAAACAAGGGUGAACAAGGAUCUCCAGGACCACCAGGUCCUCCAGGACCACCCGGUGAAUUACCGAUGUUACCACCUGAAUUGGCAGGCUUUCAGCAAAACGCUUUGGCUCGAUGGAAGCGGGAAUUCAAUGACGUCAAUACAGAAGAUAGUACAAAAUCAAAAACCGGUAAUUCGGGACCAAGUGACAAUAGCGAUGGCCCAAAAUACAUAGAUAUUGUUAGUUCCAUUUACGGUAUGAGACAAGACUUGGAACGAAUAAGAAAGCCCGUCGGAACCCGCGAUAACCCGGUUAUGACGUGUAAGGAUUUAUUUUACGGGCAUCCACAAUUUAAAGAUGGAUGGUACUGGAUUGACCCGAACUUGGGUAUGCCAUACGACGCCGUGUACGUGUACUGUAACAUGAGUAGCGGCGGAGAAACGUGCGUGUUUCCCGACAUACACUCAAGUCAAAUGCCGAACAUCCCGUGGCGUAAGGAAGGCGACAAGACGGACUGGUAUUCAAAUCUCAGGGGCGGUUUCAAAAUUACUUACGAAACGGUGGGACCGGUGCAAAUGAACUUCCUACGAUUGCUCAGCCAAAAUGGAUACCAAAACUUCACGUACACGUGCAUCAACAGUGCUGCGUGGUUCAACGCAAAAUCUAACUCGUAUGACAUGGCCGUCAAGUUUAUGGGAGAGAAUUCGGUGCAGUUUUCAUCUGAACAAGGAUCGCCCAAAGUUGACGUGUUAGUCGACGGUUGCAAAACGAGAAAAUCAAAAAGUGAAACCGUAUUCGAGAUCCGUACCAAUAAGUUAGACAGUCUGCCGUUGACAGAUUUCUAUCCUGUGGACUAUGGGUUACCACACCAAGCAUUCGGAUUCGAAGUGGGACCCGUGUGCUUCAAAUGACACGUUCGUUCGUCGCUGUUUUACGUGUUUAAAAUUAUAAUUAUUAUUAUUAUAUAAUUUUUUAUAUUAUAUUUAAUUAUUUUUAUUA